AUGGCUCACUCGCAGCAGGUCUCCGACGCCGACGCCACAGAUCCCGGCCUCCUCAAGGAUAAUUCUGAGGUGAAGUCUUAUACAACGAAAAGAUUCACUUAUCCUGGAGUCCGCGUCUUCUUUCGCGCUCGUGCUAAAAUUAAUGAGCUUCCUCGAGACCCUGCUCCAUUGCCACUGCUUGUCUUCGUUCAUGGCUUGGGUGGAUCGGUUGCCCAAUUCCAUCCUUUACUGACGAGUCUGUCAAACCAUGCUUCCUGCUUGGCUGUUGACCUCCCGGGCUGUGGCCGAUCUGCAUUCGCCCCUGAGGACUGGGAGGCGUAUUCCACGGAUGCUUUGACGGAUCUUCUCGAAGUGGUCAUCGAUGACUAUCGCGACAAGGACCAUGAUCAAGGCAUUAUUCUCAUAGCCCACAGCAUGGGUACGGUGCUCGCAGCGAGGCUCGCCAACAAGAGAGCGCGCCACGUCACUAACAUCGCAUCCUAUGUGAUGGGAGUGGUUGGCAUCUGCCCCGUGGCUCAGUCUCUGCCCAAGGAGAAGGUUGCGCAAUUUCGGAACCUUUUGCGGAUACCAACAUGGCUGUUCAACCUCUGGCGGAUGUGGGAUCAAUGGGGUGGGCCAGAAAGCGCGAGUGUAAAGCGCUUCGUAGGGCCGGAUGCCGAUCUGGUCUCUAAACAAUUGCAACACCGAUUCAACAGGCAGAGCCGAUCUCCGGUUUUCCGACGGGUGGCAUGGGGCAGUCUGCCGACGUAUGUGGGUGAGAAACCUGUCGGUGGCCUGUUUGGAGAGCCAACCUGGGCAGGACUCGACGUACCAGUCCUUCUUAUCGGGGGCGGAAGCGACCUUGUCACGUCGCCGAAGGAAGUCGAAAAGAUCGCAACAAUUCUUCAUUCGAAUCGAGAAUCACUUGUGACCAAUGGUUCCAGCUCCAGUGGGACUAUCGCAGAGUCUGCCGCACCUAUCGCGGCCACCGCAAAGCCAAGCGAUCAUCUCCCGGAGUCCAUCGAUGCUAUCACUGACGAUGACUUCAAGCGAAGGGAAUUUAUCAAGAACGCCGAAGAGAGCAUGGAGGAACCAACCACUCCGCGAGAUGCCAGCGAGACCCCGGCUGGUAUUCCGCCACAACCUCGACACCCCAAGAAGGUAGUGAAGACCGUGAUCAUGCCCAAUGCAACACAUGCACUCCUCUACGCCCCGAAGACUCAUCGCACAGUGUCCGGACUUAUCAGCGACUUCAUGUCAGAGCACAUCACCGGGAGACUCGACUUUGCUUGGCAACUACAGCACCUCAACCGCGAGGGAAAGUGGGAAAUGAAGAACCUGGCAAAGUGGAAGGCAAUCCAGCCCGUUUCAAAGUCCAUCAACGGGAUAUUCCGCGCCAUGAAGACUUUACGGGAAGGUGAUGAGGAUCAUUCGCCACAAAAGUUCGCAGCGGAUUGGGGCCACAUCGUCAAAGAUAUCAUCGACAUCAGCAAGGACAAUCCUGCGUAUAGCCCAAAUAGCUUACCCGAGCUGGGCAUCAAGUAUCACAAGUUCGCCACGGUCUCAAAGAUUCCCCCAACGGAUGCCGAAGUUACAACCUUCGUUCAUCUGGUGGACCAAGUCAGGCAGGACCAGCAGGAAAGGGCACAUAAAGAGGGAUGGAAGGAAUACGCCGUGGGUGUUCACUGCCACUACGGAUUCAAUCGCACAGGCUAUUUCAUUGUCUGUUAUCUCGUUGAUCGAUGCGGCCUUGAUGUUCAGCAAGCCAUCGAAAUGUUCGCGGAGGCUCGUCCUAAUGGAAUUCGGCACUCGCACUUCUUGGACCGCCUCUACAGGAGAUAUUCCGGCCUCGACGUAUGA